AUGACUUCUUCCCCAAUCAACCCUCCCAAGGAUACUUCCUUUGCCUCUGCCGCCUCCCCCUACUUCACAUCUGUCCACCGCCGCCGGCAACAAAAGAAGAUGAGCAUCACACAAACAUACUACCUCGCCCAUACCGCCCGCAAGAAGCUCACUCGUGAGGCUUCCCGGGCGGAUCACGACCUCCGAUUGCUGGUCGGCCACGCCAACCUCCUCGACUCUCUUAUGCUAGACCUUGCCGACGCCGAGCGGGAACAAGAACGGUGGUUCAACCAGACUGUCAGCGGUGCCACCAAGGCUCAAGAAGAGUCUCGACACAUUCAAUGGGCCUCGACCGUGGUCGAAGAGCCCGAGGAGGAUUGGGAAGCAGAAGACGCCUCGGACCUGGAUUCCGACCUCAGUGACAGCGACGAAGAGGACUCUGACUUCGAGGAAGCCGGCUUUGCCAUUAAUGUUCCCGUCCGUCGCCGCACACCUACUCCCGUCGCUCCCAUUGAGCCCACACUCGUGGAGGACGAGGAUGACGACACAGACAGCGACUUUGAAUACGAUGAGGACGAGGACCUGGGUGAGCUCAGUUUGACUCGGUCGCCUUCGCGCCAGUCUCCACCGGAGCUCCUCGCGGACUCAGAUGGCGAGUCCGAAGAAGAGGUUCUCCCCCUUCCCCGCCUCAACCUACCUUGGAGGCAUUCGAUGAGAAGGGGGCCAAUACCACCGCAAUCCCGCUGGCGGACUAUUAUUGAGGCAUACUGA